AUGAUUACGGACUCGGAGCCGCACUGGAUGACAAUGGCGCGCCUGGAGAGGUUGAAGAGGAACCCGCGGUUCAGCCAUCUGCGCCAAGCACCACCACUGCCGCUGGUUCUCGCCAUUCCACUGCCAGAAAUGCACCACGGGGAUAUCCUGGAGCGCAUCCCCGCAUGGCGCCAUGACGUGGCAGCACUUAAGGCAAAGUUCAACCGCCUCAAGGCGGAGUGGCGUCGCAUCAACGACCGCAUCAAGCGAUCAGGAGAGGGACACGUCACAAACCUGCCGCCAUGGUACCAUCUCGACGAGCGCCUUUGGGGUGAGCGCCCAAGCACCGUACCCUCUGUCCUUGCAAGUACCGGCCUCCCUCCUGCUGGUAGGGCGACGGCGCGUUCUGCUCCCCCGACCGCGACCAACACCCGCGCCACACCAACAACAGUCCCUUCUACGUUGCCAUCUGGGACUACUAUCCCGACUGUGGCGGCGCCUCUACCCCUGUCUUCAAGCACCACGCCGACUACUGCCGCGCGCACCGUCACCGCUCCCCUGUCCAGGGUUGGUGCGCUCACGACGCCGGCAUCGAAUGACUCCGCGUCGGCCCCGCUAAUGCAACGAACCACCCUGCCGCGUCCUCCUGCUCCCGUCGCUGUGAAUAUUCCAACCGUCGUCCCCGCGCCGUCCCCCUCCCCCAGCCGCAAUGCCGAGCCUGGCUCUCCCGGUCAAGAUGCUGGCGCCCUCGCUCCGUCUCGUCACACAGCCGAGACUCCACUCUCGCCAGACACCAUCACACCGAGCAACGGCGGCUCCCCAAGCGGCGGUACGCACCCUUUAGGUGCGACGACGAGUAUCUCUAUCCGCGGACGGCGCCUCACUUGGGGAGCGCGCCCUUCGUCUAAUGGCGGGGAGGGGUGUUCAAGGAAUGCGUGGUGGCAGUACCCACGCAAGCAAGACGCCGAGACGGAUGGGAAGAAAAAGAAUGCCGCAAAGCGCAUAGUUGGCCGCAAGGCAGCCGAGCAGAAGAAACCGUCAACCACGGCUGAGUUGGUAGGGGAUCUAGGGGAUCAUUUUGACAAACGGCAGGAUGAGAAGUGGGAGGAAUUCAAAUCACUUACCCGGGAGGUGUUUCGUGGGUACGCGGAUGAGCGGCACAGUAGGAGGCGUAGAUCGCCGCAGUCCACCUCCUCAUCCGAAGACGAGGAGUGA